AUGCUUCUGCUAUUCGAGACGCCUGCGGGGUUUGCCCUUUUUAAAGUUUUGGAUGAAGGAAAGCUAUCUAAAGUUGAAGAUUUGGGGAAGGAGUUUCAAAGCCCAGAAUCAGCAAGAAAGGUGGUGAAGUUGAAAGCUUUUUCCAAGUUUGAGAACACAUCCGAGGCUUUGGAAGCUGUCACCAAAAUUAUUGAAAGCUCAACCAGCAAAGGUCUACGGAAAUUCUUGCGUGCUAACUGUGAUGGAGAGACGUUAGCUGUAGCUGAUUCAAAGCUCGGAAAUGCAAUCAAGGAAAAACUGAAAAUAGAAUGUGUUCACAACAAUGGUGUCAUGGAAUUGAUGAGAGGUGUUAGGAGUCAGUUGACAGAACUCAUAUCUGGUUUAGCUACACAAGAUUUGGCACCAAUGAGCUUGGGUUUAUCACACAGUCUUUCUAGAUACAAACUGAAGUUCAGUCCUGAUAAGGUUGACACAAUGAUCAUUCAAGCCAUUGGUUUGCUUGAUGAUCUUGAUAAGGAGCUCAACACAUAUGCAAUGAGGGUUCGAGAAUGGUAUGGUUGGCAUUUUCCCGAGCUUGCUAAGAUUGUACAAGACAACAUCCUUUAUGCCAAAUCAGUGAAACUAAUGGGUAGCCGUGACAAUGCUGCAAAGCUUGAUUUUUCUGAGAUACUGCCAGAAGAAGUUGAGGCAGAACUGAAGGAGGCAGCUAUGAUAUCUAUGGGAAGUGAUGUUAGUGACGUUGAUUUGACAAAUAUCAAAGAACUCUGCGACCAAGUCUUAUCUCUAGCUGAAUAUAGAGCUCAGCUGUAUGAUUAUUUAAAAAGCAGGAUGAAUACCAUUGCACCAAAUUUGACUGCUCUUGUUGGAGAGCUUGUUGGAGCUCGUCUUAUUGCCCAUGGGGGUAGCUUGUUAAAUCUUGCAAAGCAGCCUGGGAGCACAGUUCAGAUUCUUGGGGCAGAAAAGGCUCUCUUUAGAGCUCUGAAAACAAAGCAUGCAACUCCAAAAUAUGGGCUUCUUUAUCAUGCAUCCUUGGUUGGUCAGGCUCCCCCGAAGAUGAAGGGUAAAAUGUCUAGGUCACUAGCUGCAAAAGCUGCACUCGCAAUCCGAUAUGAUGCUCUUGGAGAUGCCCAAGAUGACUCUAUGGGACUGGAGAACCGGCUAAAGCUUGAAGCACGAUUAAGGAAUCUGGAAGGAAAAGAAUUGGGCCGUUCUGCUGGGUCAGCUAAAGGCAAACCAAAGAUAGAAGUUUAUGACAAGGAUAGGAAGAAGGGAGCUGGAGGACUGAUAACUCCUGCCAAGACAUAUAAUCCUUCUGCAGAUGCUGUUCUUGGGCAAACACCAAAUUCAACUGCUAGAAAGGUCGAAGAAGAGGAACCAGCAAAGGAGGCUCCAGUUACUGUUGAAGGGAAAAAAGAGAAGAAGAAAAAGAAGAGAAGUGAAGAAACAGCUGUGCCAAGUGACAGAAAUGGAACUGCCGAACAGGAUGGCGAAGGGGAAGCCAAGAAAGAAAAGAAGAAAAAGAAGAAGCAUCAAGCCGAGAAUGAUGGUGUUCAAAAUGAGAUUGAAAAUGCUGAUGAGGGAGGCAAGAAGAAAAAGAAGCGAAAGCAUGCCGAAGCCGAACAGGAUGAUGAAUCUGAAACACCAAGCAAGAAGAAAGAGAAAAAGAAGAAGAAGAAGAGCGAGGAUUGA